CGGCUCGGGGGCCCCCGCCCCGCCUCCUCUGCCCCCCCCACCGCCCGCCGCCGCCGCCGCCGCGCGUGAAUGAAAGUUGGCUCCGAUCUCUGCGCUGGGGACUCCGACCGUCAUGUUAAGGUGAAGCCUCGAAGUUCUGUGCUGAACAUGCUCAAAAGGUUCGACAAAAUCAGGUUCAGAGGUCACAAGAGAGAUGAGUUCCUCGAUUUAGCCGAGUCCCCCAACGCGUCUGACACCGAGUGUGGCGAUGAGAUCCCCGUGAAGAUCCCUCGGACUUCCGCCCGAGACGGCGAGGAGCUGCGAGACCCCGCUGGUCCGGGCACUCUCAUCAUGGCUGCCGGAGUCCAGGAUUAUAACCGGACAGAAUUCGACCGACUAAAUGAAAUUAAAGGGCACCUGGAAAUCGCCUUAUUGGAAAAACACUUUUUGCGAGCGGCCUCGGGGCUGCACUGUUUAGGGGUGCUGGCAUCUGGGGCUCUGGGAGUCCGACCUCCCCUCUCCAAAGCGCUCUUGGGACACUCGCAGGAGGCGCCGGCUUUUGAGGCCCAGCUGCCUCCAGCCAAAAGCCAGUCCCCCAUUCAGACCCCUCCUCCCCCAACUUGGUUGGUCCCGGAGAAGCCCAGCCCCGGCUUUGGGGGGCAGACAGGGCCUGGGGUUGGCCCGGGCACCUCCUUCCAUGUGAGCCCCUGUGAUCCUAAAGCACGGGGAAUGAGUGCCCCCUGCCUCUCCGGGGCAACACCCCCUCUGCACACAGGCUGGGAAAGCGUGGCUCCGUCCCCCUCACUUCUGUCUUUCUGGGCGAUCCGUCUGGCCCUGGGCCUCCCGCUGGGUCCAUCCUCCCAACAGCAGUCCCUACAGCGCAGGACUGACCCUGUCCACGCCAUGCUCAAAAAGCCGAGGCCUUCGCAGCCCAUCUCGCACAGUGUUGCUGACUGUCCCGUGGCCCGGUUCCGCUCCCUUCACUUUGUGUCCGAUCAUACGGGCCCUCCCAGAAACCCCGGUGUUCUCGACGCCCCGUCCCUGGCCACCGCUCAGGAAGGCAGCUGUGCCAGUGUGGGUGGGCAGCCGUGCCAGCUGAGCACUGGCAGCAGCAGCCAGGAGCAGAAGGGCCAGUUUGGCCCAGACUUGGGCGAGGAAGCAAGAAGCUUGCGUUCCCCUGUGGGAGGCAGCGGGGAUUGGGCGGGAGGAGAAAACCCACCUUUCGGGACUGUGCUCAGGCGGGAGGUGACCAGGGCCGGGCUCUGGGCUGGGGUCACCCUCACUCAGGACGUGUCCUUGAACCGUGGAGCCCCCCUUCCUCCCACUCCACGGCUGGCCUGGAAGGAAGGCAUUUUCUUGAAGAAUUCUCACUUGAGUUUUAUUUGGGGCCAGAGCCGGGCACGGCGGCGAAUCCUGCGCCAGAGGAUUCCUUCCCGCGGAAGGUCUCCGGGCUCGCGGGCGCCGGCUCGGGGCCCCGCCGUCCCCCGGAACAUCGCCAAGGAGCGCUCAGCCAAGGGGCUGCGGCGCCUGGGACUCACUGGCAGAACUAAGGGGCCUGAGAUCAGAGAAGGUCAUUCAGUAUCUCGCCCCUCUUCCUAUCUGGCGGAAGAGCAGGCUCUGCGCCCAGCUCUGGAGAAGGCCGGGGGCCAGGCUGGGUGGCGGCUGGGAUGGACCAUCCUUGGCCACCCUCAGGGGCGUCAGGGUGGAAGCCAAGUCCUUGGGGACUUGGGCCCCCAGGCAGCCACUGGGCGAGAAGAGACCUUACAGAUGAGGAAACUGAGGUCCUUAACUGCGCUUGUGUAUAGAGUGGGCAGCUGUGCCAGUGUGGGUGGGCAGCCGUGCCAGCUGAGCACUGGCAGCAGCAGCCAGGAGCAGAAGGGCCAGUUUGGCCCAGACUUGGGCGAGGAAGCAAGACGGCGCCUUGAGCUGGAGCAGAAGUUCCAGGAGAUCCUGAAAACCAGGCAAGAGAUUCGAACCCGCAGCCCGCCCCUGGCGGAGGGCCCCGUGGCCGGCCCCCAGUCUGCAGGGGCCGUCCGUCCCCACGGCCUUGGCCAGGCCGGGAAGGCUGGCACUGCGUCUGAGAGGAGGAAGCGGGCCCAGAGCGGUGAGCUGGAGAAGGAGCGGCAGCGGCGCCUUGAGCUGGAGCAGAAGUUCCAGGAGAUCCUGAAAACCAGGGCCGAGGAGCCAGCCCCCCAGCAGCCCCCCAAGGGACCAGCCCCGGCGGCGACGCAGGCCAACCACGGCUCAGACAAGCGCAGCCAGAUGAUGUGUUCUCGACUCCAGAAGUGGUUCUAUGACAGAUUUGGGGAAUACGUGGAAGAUUUCCGCUUUCAGCCUGAGGAGAGCACGGUGGAGACGGAGGAGCCGCUGAGUGCCAGGAGGCUGACUGAGAACAUGAGGAGGCUGAAACGCGGCGCCAGACCCGUCACGAGCUUUGUGAAGAAUCUCUCUGCCUUAUCCGACUGGUAUUCCGUCUACACCUCUGCCAUUGCCUUCAUCGUCUACAUGAAUGCCGUUUGGCACGGCUGGGCCAUCCCCAUGUUCUUAUUUUUAGCCAUCCUGCGGCUGUCACUCAAUUACCUCAUUGCCAGGGGCUGGCGGAUCCAGUGGAGCAUCGUGCCUGAAGUGUCCGAGGUCGUGGAACCUCCUAAGGAAGACCUGACAGUGUCAGAGAAGUUCCAGCUGGUGCUGGACGUGGCCCAGAAGGCCCAGAAUCUGUUUGGGAAGAUGGCCGACAUCUUGGAGAAGAUUAAGAACUUGUUCAUGUGGGUCCAGCCCGAGAUCACCCAGAAGCUCUACAUCGCGCUGUGGGCGGCGUUCCUGGCCUCCUGCUUCUUCCCCUACAGGAUCGUGGGGCUCAUGAUGGGCCUGUACGCGGGCAUCAAGUUUUUCCUGAUCGACUUCAUCUUCAAACGCUGCCCCCGUCUCCGAGCCAAGUACGACACUCCCUACAUCAUCUGGACCAGCCUGCCCACGGACCCCCAGCUCAAGGAGCGCUCGGCCGCCACCGUGGCCAGGAGGCUGCAGACCACGUCCUCCAGGAGCUAUGUGGGCGCCAGCGCCCCCGCGGGCCUGAGCCGAGACGAGGACACCGGGCGCUUCCACGGGACCAAAAAGGGCAACUUCCACGAGAUCUUUAACUUAACGGAAAACGAGCGGCCGCUGGCAGUGUGUGAAAAUGGCUGGCGGUGCUGCCUGAUCAACAGGGACCGCAAGAUGCCCACAGACUACAUCCGCAACGGGGUGCUCUACGUGACCGAGAAUUAUUUAUGCUUUGAGAGCUCCAAGUCUGGCUCCUCCAAGAGGAACAAGGUCAUCAGGCUAAUGGACAUCACGGACAUUCAGAAGUACAAGGUCCUGUCUGUGCUCCCGGGAUCCGGCAUGGGAAUCGCGGUGUCCACACCGUCCACCCAGAAGCCCCUCGUGUUCGGUGCCAUGGUGCACAGGGAUGAAGCGUUUGAGACCAUCUUCAGCCAGUACGUGAAGAUCACGUCCGCGGCAGCGUCCAGUAGCGACAGCUAGUGGUGACCCCGGGGCCGCCGGGACCCUCCUCUUUUAAGCGACUCUGGCAGUGAAAGCGACCGGUCAUCUCAUGAUCUCCUUGGCAAUAACAACGCCCCCGGCCCCGGGGGCCCAUCCCACCUCCCGACCCUCGGUCCCGUCCGCCUCCUCGCUGGGCGGCAUCUGCGGGAGAGGCGGAGAGCACAUGGGCUGACCUCGCCCACUGAACGCUGUUGUCAGCUCGCGGGGGGGGGCAGGCGGGAGGUCCCGGCGCCCGUCGGGUAGCCGAUCGCAGCGCGGAUCCGUCGGGCCCACUGGCGCAGAGCAUCUGGGGGCCCGCGGGUCCUGUCCGCUGCCCUCGGGACGCCCACCCAUCCCCGCAGGCCCUGAUCCUGGUGUGCCCCGUUUUUGGUUCUCCUUCCCUGAGGCUGACGGAGAAGAAUUGGAAGAGUUGGGAUGGGAGAACGAGGAUGAGGAAACUGUGCCUCCAGCUCCGUGGCCUCCAGUCCAGGAGACCGGGAACAUUUCUUCCUGACUUCCCUGGAUGCUUUGAAGGGGCAUCCCAUGGAAGGCCCUAUGAGCCCUGAGAAGUGCCCCCUUUCUGGCCCUUUACCAAAACAGCCUCCUCAACGUUACCCCGGCUCCAUGUUGGCUUUCUCUUCAGCGUGCGACCUGAGCAAAUGGAAUCUGCCCGAGUGGGAGCGGGGGGCCGGCGGUCCCCGGGACGUCCCAGUGCCCUCGCACCGCUCUGUGUGCGCCAUCCAGAAGGUGCUACGGAGGGCUGGCCGGCCUUCUGGGCUUCUUGGUUCCCAUGGCGACGCUGAAAGGGCUUGGUAGGAGAGGGUAGUUAAAAUUAGUCUGACAACAGCUUGUUCCCCGAGCUGAGGGGGCCGGCCGGCUGCGAGACAAGCCGGAGCUCUUCUCCACACAAGCCCCCUCCCCCCCUUGCCUUGAAGCCCCCGAGGGCCCACGUACUGUGAGAAAGGCGGCUUGGGAGCCGGGCGGUGCCCUUUCAUCCGGACAGUAUUUCUAGUCAUGUUUGCAGUGUUGGAGUAGUGUGUGACCAGAUCCUUUGACUGCUGCCCAGGAGAGCUGGAGCAAGCUUGAUCCCUCUUCCUAGAUCCAUUCAGGGGGAAACAUGUUUGUCCCAUUCAGGGUGAGAAAGUUGGGACGGAAAAAAGCCCAGAUGGCCAGAACCCCCUUUGAGCAGUGAGAACCCAGGCCAAGGGCCAGGUCUGGCCCUCAGAACGAGAGGUCUCGGCUUAUUUGUUCCUUAACCAGAACUCGGAGACGGUCUGAAGGCUUCAGAACCCAAGGGCACGACCCGGUCUUCUCCAAGUGAGGACCGUGCAAGAGACGUUCUUCGGAAGUCUCCUUCAGAGUGUAGGGAGUCUUGGGAAACCUGGGAGACCAAGAGGGGAGAGAAACACCACGCUAGACCAAGAGUGUAGGGAGUCUCUGGAAGCCACCACGGCAGACCAAGAAGCAUCAUGAGCUUAAUGUCCGCCCAGCUCCAGCCAGAUCCCAGCCCUUCCGGCUCAUCCUUCCUCCCCUGGAUGUUUGUGAGAAUUGCUUUUUGAAGAAACAGAUUCUAUUUUUUACAGAGAGCAAGCUGUUUUUCUUAUUUUUGUAUCAUUUUCAGAUGGAAUUUUUACCUUCGCUCUGAUCAUAAUUUGCUGGUUCGGAGAAGAAAUCGGGAAGCAGCCCUGCUUGCUUCCCUUUCCGGGCCCAUUGAGCCUCCACCUCCGGGAGAUGGGAAAAGCUCUGAGGAUGGUUGGGUUUUGCCCAAGGCCAGUCCGGGUGAUCCAGCUCCCUGGGGCUGGGUCAGAUUAGGGUAGGAAGGAGUCACCGCUAAAGAACUGGGCUCUUGGCAGGAUUUAUGGCCCACCCCACAAAGCGCCCGACAGAACCGCCAGUAGUGACCAGUGACCUAAACUUACAAAAUCUGUCAGCGUUCAGAGGCUGGGUUUCUUAGUUGCCGUGUCCGCCGGUCCUUCCUCUGUAUGAUUCCUCAGAGGCCCCCCUGUUCUUGGAGCUAAGAAUCCCACUCUGCUUCUCGCUGGCUGUAUGGCCCGUAGCCAACCCCUUCCCUUCUCCCAACCUGAGUCUCGGACCCUGACCCUCAUGACAAAGGCACAACUGGAAGCCGAAGGACUCUGGGUGACGGCUGAGACGCCGGCCGUUCCCCCCGAGGCCUUUCCCCACUGGCUUUGGCAGGGUAUUGUCGGGAUAUCGUGGGUGCCCCCAAAGGGGUUCCUUUCACACAACAGCGGGAGAUGGACGGGCAGUCGGCCGCAGCGUUUGCCGCCGUCGACCCUUACUGUCGGGGUCGCCGCAGAGUGUGCGCGGCAGAAUCCGAUUGGACUUCUUUAAGAGAAAUGGGGUGGUUGAGUUGGAAUUCCUUCGAAGGAGCAAGGGAGAUGAAAACUGACCACGUCGCCGCCCGGGGGUGCCCACGAAGCCGCCCUCCCUGCCCCCCUCUUCCUCCGGGAAGCCCGCUGGCUCUCGAGGGCCUCUCGUCCCUGGCCGCACAAUUAGCCAGCAGCCAAGCCUUCUGUCCGCAUCCGUGCAGACCACGCUCUAGCGCCGGGAGCCCGGGAGGGGCCCGAGUGGGGCAGGGUCGCUCUGCCCGCGCGUGGCCCGGACCCGGGUGCUUGCCAUUUUCAUGUCCAAGUCCGAGUCUGUUUUGAACCUGUAAAUACUCGUUCUCGAAGUCACUUUUGUUCGACAGCAAUUGUACGAAGAACUGAUGAAAACAAAAUUGCCGUGACGUUUUUUAAGAAAAUCUUGUUUGUUUAAAGAAAAAGUCUUGUAUAAAUUAUAAUUUUUAUUUAAAUAAACCUAAAAUGCUUUGUGCUAACAA